AUGAAGCAAAAGCAACACAUUCAGUCAAUUUUCUUCAAGCAAUCGGACAAGACACGAAUUGCAUAUCGAACACGAUUGAUUGCAUCAAUUGAUUGUGUUCAACAUCUUUUGCGACAAGGUCUUGCAUUUCGUGGUGACGAUGAAUCUGAGGAUUCAAGCAACCAAGGGAAUUUUCUUGAGACAUCGCAAUUUCUUGCGAGUUAUAAUGAAGAUAUUAAUGCGGUUACAUUCAAAAAUGCUCCUAAAAAUCACAAAUUAACGGCACCUAAGAUCCAAAAGGACAUUGUUAAUGCCAUUGCAUUGGAGACUCUCAAUGUUAUUAUCGAAGAUAUUGGCGAUGUUUUUUUUUCUAUUCUAAUUGAUGAAUCUCGGGACAUAUCAACAAAGGAGCAAAUGGCUUGUGUUUUACGAUAUGUGGACAAGAAUGGGCAUGUAGUUGAACAUUUUGUGGGUCUGGUGCAUGUUUCUGAUACCACUUCCAUCUCACUCAAGAAAGCGAUUGAUGCUUUAUUUUCUAGACAUGGGUUGAGCAUUUCUAGAUUACGAGGGGAAGGUUAUGAUGGGGCUAGUAAUAUGCGAGGUCAGUUCAAUGGUCUCAAAGCUCUCAUCUUGAAGGAGAAUGAAUUUAGCGGUUCAUGUAAAUGUUGUGAUAUUCUUCGAGAGAAACAAGCUUCUAUAGUUAUCAAGGCAUUUAACAAUGGGGAGAUUUCAAGUGGGCAAGGCCUAAAUCAAAACACUUCUCUUAAAUGA